AUGAAAGACGAUGAGAAGCCAAAAGACGAGCCCGCAAGCGAUCCCAACCUCGUGGGCUGGAACGGCCCCGACGACCCAGAGAACCCUCACAACAUGGUGCUCUGGCGCAAGUGGCUGCUCACCAUGACCAUGUCCUCGAUGACCAUGUGGAUGACUUUCGCGAGUAGUGUCUUCUCGACGGCGACUGUGGUGACGGCUGAGGAGUUCAAUGUCUCGACUGAAGUUAUGACUCUGGCGACUAGUUUGGUGGUGUUCGGGUUUGCGGUUGGUCCGCUUGUUUGGUCGCCGUUGUCUGAGUUGUAUGGACGCAGGUUGCCAUUGUUCAUGGGUUAUACGAUUUUUGCGAUCUUCCAGAUUCCUGUUGCUGUGGCUCAGAAUCUGGAGACUAUCCUGGUGUGCCGGUUCUUUGUUGGUGUGUUUGGUUGCUCGCCUGUUGCUGUUGUUGGUGGUGCUUUGGCGGACUUUUGGGAUCCUGUGGAUCGUGCUGUGGCUAUUGCUAUGUUCUCUGCGGCCACUUUCGUUGGUCCUGCUCUUGGGCCCAUUGUCGGUGGAUUCAUUACCCAAUCGUACCUCGGCUGGCGCUGGACAGCUUGGAUUACCUUGAUCGCUUCGGCUGCUUUUGGUAUCUUCGGUUUCUUCGUCAUUCCUGAAACCUAUGCACCAGUCCUUCACCAGCGUCGUGCCGCCCGUCUUCGCCAGGAAACCGGAAACUGGGCCCUGCACGCCGUCCUCGACGAGAACCGGCCGACUAUGAAGGACAUCGUCUGGAAGUACCUCCUGCGUCCGGUGCAGAUGCUUUUCCUCGAACCGAUCCUGAUGCUUAUCACGAUCUACCUCGCCGUCAUCUACGGUAUCCUGUACCUAUUCUUCGAAGCCUUCCCCGUUUCAUUCCAGGAAGUCCGCGGCUGGACGAACGAAGGUGUCGCCGGACUGCCCUUCAUCGGAAUCCUAGUCGGGGUGCUCUUCGGCGUCGCCUUCCUCAUCUGGCAAACAAAGACCCGUUUCGCCCGCAAGUUUAAGAAGCACGGCAAAGUCAUCCCCGAAGAACGCCUGGUCCCCAUGAUGGUCGCCUCCGUCCUCCUCCCCGCCGGUCUGUUCUGGUUCGGCUGGACCUCGAACCCGCAUGUCAGCUGGGUGCCGCAGGUAAUCGCCAGUGUCCCGAUCGGUAUGGGUAUCCUGGUUAUCUUCAUGCAGGGUCUCAACUAUAUCAUCGAUGUGUAUCUGAUGUUUGCCAACUCUGCGAUUGCGGCGAAUACGCUUAUUCGGAGUACGCUGGGUGGUGCAUUUCCGCUCUUCGCUGUUCAGAUGUAUCAUAAUCUGGGGGUGAACUGGGCGUCGAGUUUGCUUGGGUUUAUUACUGCUGCUAUGAUUCCGAUUCCGAUUUUCUUCUUCUUUUAUGGAGCUCGCAUUCGGGCUAUGAGCAAGUACACUCCUAAGCUGUGA